AGAAUCUAGAUAUUCUGGAAUUUCAGAGUUAUCAUGUUUGUGCAGAGAUUUGAAGGUCUUUUUUUUUAAGUUAUUUCAAUAAUUAGCGCUGUUGAAGAAUCAGAAAUAGAAAAAAACUCUCUUCACAAAUUCUUUGGUAGAUCAGAAGGUGCUUACUGUCAGGUGUGCUAAACUCUGUUUUUUUCUGAAAUCGCACUUCAUCUCUACUUCCUCUUUCCCCAGACACUGAGAAAGGGGAGAUGUGGCAGAGGAAUCAGACCUCUCUGGCAGACUUCAUCCUUGAAGGCCUCUUUGAUGACUCUCUCAUCCACCUUUUCCUUUUCUCCUUAGCCAUAGUGGUCUUCCUUAUUGCAGCGAGUGGCAACAUGCUCACUAUUCUCAUCUGUGCUGAUGCCCAGCUUCAUACACCCAUGUACUUCCUGCUCAGCCAGCUCGCCCUCAUGGAUCUGAUGCAUGUCUCCACAACCAUCCCGAAGAUGGCUACCAACUACCCAUCUGGCAAGAAGACCAUCUCCUUUGUGGGUUGUGCCGCCCAGCACUUCCUCUAUUUGUCUCUGGGUGGUGCUGAGUGUCUUCUCUUAGCUCUCAUGCCCUAUGACCGCUGUGUUGCCAUUUGUCAUCCACUUCGUUAUACUGUUCUCAUCAACAGAAAGGUGGGACAGAUGAUGGCUGUCACGUCGUGGUUGGGAGCAUCCACAAACUCUCUAAUUCACACAGUGAUCUUGAUGCACUUCCCUUUCUGUGGGUCUCGAAAAAUCCACCACUUCUACUGUGAGUUUCCAGCUGUUGUGAAGUUGGUGUGUGGAGACAUCACUGUUCAUGAGACCACAGUGUACAUCAGCAGCGUCCUGCCUCUCCUCCUCCCCAUUUUGCUGGUUUCUACAUCCUCUGCCUUUAUCCUCCACAGGCAGAUGGGUUCAGCUGGGAGUAAGAGAAAUGCCUUUGCUACUUGUAGCUCUCACCUCAUUGUGGUUUCCUUCUGGUUUGGUGCCUGCAUCUUCUCAUAUAUGAGGCCCAGGUCCCAGCACACCCCAUUGCAAGAUAAAGUUGGUUUCGUGUUCUAUAGCAUCAUUAUACCCAAGCUGAAUCCUUUGAUUUAUACUCUACGGAAUAAGGAGGUAGCUAAGGCUCUGAGAAGAGUGCUGGGGAGAGAGCUUCUCACUCAGCAAUUGCCGUUGCCCUGAAUAUAAGAGUGGAAUGGGAUAAGCUCCUUAAGUUGAUCAGCAUAAACCUCUAAGACUUUUCAAGGGUCCAGAUCCCUGAUGACUACUGCAAAAAUGAAGUAGUUAACACACAAUGCAGUAUUCUAACUUGCUCUCAGGUACCUGAGUACUGUAGAAUAUUACCUUAGUCCAUUUGGGCUGCUAUAACAAAAAUACCAUAGACUAGGUGGCUUAAACAACAAACAUUUUAUUUUCUCACAGUUCUGGAGGCUGAAGAGUCCAAGACCAAUCCUUGAAAUUGCUAGACACUCUCUCAUUUCCUUUUGAUUUCUUUAAAAAUGUAACCCCUGCCAAAACAUGCUUCCCUCAGUGAAAUAAGUCAGGUAGAGAAAGACAAAUACCAUAUGAUUUCACUC